UAUUUCAUUUUCGAUGGAAAACGGCAGGAAAAAGACGUCAAUUAGGAAACAAUAAUAAUUAGUCCACAGCCACAGGAUGUUCGGGAGUCUGAAGAAGAAACUGAGCAGCGCCCUUCAGGAGGGACUGGUUAUAUCGGAGAAUCUGCAGCAGCAAUAUCGCCAGCGUGUCAGUUCCGGGAACGCGGGAAGUGGCCAGGCCAGUAGUGUUACGACUCCCACCUCCCCGUGGAAUCCCGCCGCUGGUCUCAACGAGAGCCUGUCCUCCAGCAGAAGCAGCAAUCUCUCCCUGAGCACUGCCUUUCAGCUAACAGACGGGAUACCAACGCACCUGAAUGUGGCGGCAGGCUGCAGUUUGCUGGCGAAGUACGAGGAUGACUGGCAGCACAUCCAUGUGGCCAAUGAGGAGAAUGCUGAGCAGGCGGCCGCGAUUGCAACACAAAUCGCCGGAGUGCCAGAAGCCAGCAAUCAGCGCCGGGUCGUUAGUGAGCUGAACGCCAGUCUGGCAGGGAUUCCAACGCUAGUUGCUCAGCUGAAGGAGAGUUCGAAGGUGCUGCAAUCCCUGGAGGAAAUGGGCAAGCAGCUGGAAAUGGAACUAGAGAAGCUGGAGGACCUGUGCGAGGAGUGCGAGCUGCAGGAGUUCAUGCUGGAGCAGCAGUUCCAGCUCCGACACAAGCAAAAGAAGCUCAACGAACUGGAGCAGUACCGCCAGAAGGUUGCGUCUCAGCAUCAAUCCAAGAUCAAGGAUCAGGAGCAGCGGCUACUGAAGCUGCAAAGGGAGCGACAGGCGGUCUUUGACGAUGCCUUCCGCAAUGAUAUGGAGGAGUACAAGCAGCACGGCCAGCUUACAAAAAUUCAAACGAGCGGCAACAAGUUGGCCUUGGAGGAAGUGGUUCUGGAACCCAACGAGGUGGAGACAAAGGAUGCUUUGGAGCAGUUCCUAAACGGUUGAUCGGUUGUUAGGGCUUUUAAGUCGAGACUCCUCCCAUUUGUGCCUUUAAGUGCAAUUUAAAACGUUAAAAACAGUCUGGCAACGUCAUCAAUAUGAAACACCAGCUGCUGACAGCCUCUUCGUUUUAUAAAUUUUUACUACAUUAUA